AUGUCGCGAGCUACAAGACGAAAGCAUGUCCAAAAUGAAGCUUUGGAAAUAGAUUGGGAACCUCCAAAAGAAGAUCAAUCCAUUGUUAAAAUUGUUGGAAGCAAAGGAAAUAAUUUGCACGAGGUAGAGAAUAUUGAAGGUUUGCUGUAUUUAGCGUCCAUGCCUACUAAAUUUCGAAAAAAUGUUUGGAUUAAAAGAGGAGACUACGUUAUUGUUGAACCUAUAGCUGAAGGAAAUCGUGUCAAGGCGAAAUUGUGAGUUUUAACAAAUGAUCACAAGAAAGAAUUCAAGAGACUCGGUGUUUGCCCUGGCCUGAAUAAAGAAGUAACGAUUCGUCAUUCAAGGAGAUGA